AUGGUGACGGCGGCGCUGCAGCGGCAGGCGGCAUUGUCGUCGCCGGUCCGCGAGCAGCUGCGGUUCGAGAUCAGCGACAUCGCCGAGCGCGAGUACGCCGACGCCAGCUACGACGUCAUCUACAGCCGCGAGACGCUGCUGCACGUGCCGGCCAAGCAGGCUGUGCUGGCCAAGUUCUGGCGCUGGCUGCGGCCCGGCGGCCGGCUGCUCAUCACCGACUACUGCCAGGGCCAGGGUCCCCUGCGCAACGACUUCCUCGAGUACAAAUCGGCCAGAGCUUACAGCAUGCUGACGCUGGCCGAGUACGGGCGCCUGCUGAGUGAGACUGGCUUCGCCGACGUCCGGGUGCAGGACCAGGCGGACAAGUUCCUCGUGAUCCUGCGCCAGGAGCUGGACCAGUUCCAGACGCAGCGGCAGCGCUUCGUGACGGAGUUCUCGGAGGCGGAAUACCAGGACAUGGUGACCGGCUGGGAGCAGAAGAUCAGCCGCGCCUCGGAGGGCUCCCAGGUGUGGGGUCUCAUCACAGCGCGCAAGCCCCUGCCAGACGCCAACGGCCUCGACAGUCACCAGCAGUAGCCGGCCGGUGGUACCAGCGAGCCCGGGACGAGUGCCUUUGUUGUAGCGACAAGUUGGAGCG